GCGCCCGAAGUAGCCGCACACGCUGUGACACUUUUGCAGUCUGGAUUUAGUCAGCGCAAUAACAAGCAAAUAAAGGCGAAGUGUGUAUUUUGUUAGUGAUUUUUAAACAAAUUAAAAGUAAAUAAAUCCCCGAAAUGUUAACCAGGUUUAGAUUUAGACGCGAUUUUAGGCUAAUUGCUCGGAGUUUAUCAGACAAACCUUCAGGCAGUGAUGAACGGGCACCGGAAAGUAAGAUUAAAGAAACAAACACAUCAGUAAAGAAAGAAAAAAAGGCCUCUGAAUCCACUGAAAAGAUACAAGCAUUAUUGAAGAUGAUGUUGGAAAAGCCGAAAAUAAGUCAGCAAGAAUACGAGGACCAGUUUACUGUGGCCCCAGAAAGACCUAGGAGGCAUAAGCAGCUUGCUGAUGAGAUUGAAGUGAAGACUGAAAAAAUAGAGGAAAGUAUAACCAAAGCAGCAGGGGAAGUAGCGCAGGCAAUUGGUGGUGAUGUGAAGCAGACCGAAGCGGAGCUCCUAUCUAAGGUCCUUGGCAAAAUCAACCAAACGUCCACUAGUCUUAGUGACCUUCUGGUGGGAAUGAAAGUGGACCGUUCAAAAGACAGCGAUAAUAUGUUACAAAGGGAGAUGAGAGGACAACAAGUGAAGCGCCUUGUCGAUAAAUCUAAUACAGAUGUCCAGAGGAGCAAAGAAACUACUAGAUAUACACAGAGAAAGAUGGUUUCUGCCACGCAAAUAUCUAAAAAAGGUUUUCAAACACCAAAAUCGAUAGACAUAAACAGCGGCACACCUCUCGGCAUAUUUAAGGGUGGAGAACCCAAAUACGGCACCAAGUUGGAUAUGUGGGAGGGCUUGAAACAGCGCGAGCUCUCGCUGGCCACCGCCCAACCUCCGACCAACUAUUUCCAGAAGAUGGUUCUUUGGACAGAACAGGGAAAAGUUUGGAAGUUUCCUAUUGAUAAUGAACAAGGUAUGGAAGAAGAAAACAACAUCCACUUCUCUGAACACAUAUUUCUUGACUCUCAUCUUGAAAGCUGGUGCCCCAAGAAGGGUCCUAUCCGACAUUUCAUGGAGUUGGUCUGCGUAGGGCUUUCCAAGAAUCCGUUUUAUACAGUAAAGGAAAAAAAGGACCACAUUAUGUGGUAUAAAGAAUACUUUGAAGCUAAGAAAGACAUCCUUGUGGAAGUAGGAGCCUGGGAUCCAAAACUCACUAGUGCGAGUAGUGAUGCUUCUACAUAGGUA